CUCCAUGGGCUUGUAUCGCCAGCGCAGGCCAAAAAGCUUCUCAACGACUUGGCUGAAGAGGGCAAGAUAAUAGUUAAGACCAACAACAAGCUGCAGAUAUUCUACGCCAACCAGGACUCUAUCGAAGUUCCCAACAUCGAGGAUGCAGAGGAGGAGGAGGAGUCGAUCAGAGAGAUGGAGGAGCGCAUGAACAAACUCAAAGAGGAUAACAAAGUGUUGAGCGGACGGUUGCAAGGGUUGAAUAGUGCCCUGACUGAUGACCAGAUGCGCGAGCUCAUCGCCAAGAAAACGCUGGAGAUGAAGACAAACGAGGAAAGGCUGGUCCAGAUGCGGUCGGGCGAUGUCAUUUCUCCUCAAGAGAAGAAGAAGAUUGACACAGAGUACAAUGCGAUGGUUAAGCAGUGGGCUGCCCGGAAGCGAAUGUUCAAAAACAUAUCUGACGCCAUUGCUGAAGGGUAUCCGGGAAAGCUCAAAGAUUUGUUUGAGGAUCUGGGCGUCGAAACAGACGAAAACUGCGGAGUUGACAUUUCCAUACUGACCAAAUAA